AUGGCGUGUGAGCAGAGAAAGAUCAAAGUUUUCAUGUUCCCAUGGCUAGCACACGGACACAUCUCACCUUUCCUGGAGCUAGCCAAGACACUUUCAAGCAGAAACUUCAUGGUAUACUUGUGUUCAACAGCGGUGAAUCUUAGUUGCAUUAAGAGAAGACUCACAGAGAAGGAUGCAAAUUCCAUACAACUAGUGGAACUCCAUGUUCCGACCUUGCCUGGUCUUCCUCCAAAUUGCCACACAACCAAGAACCUCCCACCCCAUCUCAUGCCUACCCUCAAACAGGCCUUUGAUUGGUCAAGCCACAACUUCUCCAAAAUGCUAAAAACCCUAAAGCCAGACCUCCUUAUCUAUGAUACUAUUCAACCAUGGGCCCCGAUUAUCGCUUCCGAGCAUGAUAUCCCGGCUGUGGUUUUCAUAAGCACCAGCGCUACAAUGACUUCCUACAUGUUUGAUCGCUACAACAAUCCAGGUACGGACUUCCCUUUUCCAGAGAUACAUCUUAAUGAUUAUGAGAAUGAUAAGUUCAUUCAUUUGAUUCAAUCUUCUGAAAAUUACUAUAAAGAGAAAAACCGCUUCUUCGAAACCCUUAAAGAAUCAUCGAGCAUAAUUUUGAUCAAGAGUUCGAGAGAGAUUGAAGGAAAAUACAUUGAUCACCUCUCCCUUUUAUCUGAAAAGAAAAUUGUACCGGUUGGUCCACUUGUCCAAGCCUCUGUCAAUGACAACGAGCACUUGCACAUCACCGAGUGGCUCAACAAGAAGGACCGAGGCUCGACCGUGUUUGUUUCCUUUGGAAGUGAGUAUUUUCUCACCAAUGUAGAGAUGGAAGAGAUGGCUCAUGGGUUAGAACUUAGCAAUGUCAAUUUCAUAUGGGUUGUUAGGUUUCCAGCGGGACAAAAAACUAGGGUUGAGGAGGCACUCCCAAAAGGGUUUCUUGAGAGGGUAGGGGGGAGAGGAUUGGUCAUCCAAGGGUGGGCCCCACAAGUAAAUAUUUUGGAGCAUCCAAACGUUGGUGGCUUUGUGAGCCACUGUGGGUGGAGCUCAGUAAUGGAGGGGAUCAAGUUUGGCGUCCCUAUAAUAUCUGUGCCUAUGCACCUUGAUCAGCCAAUCAAUGCUAGGCUCUUGAGUGAAAUUGGUGUUGGUGUGGAGAUCAUGAGAGAUGAGAAUGGGAAGAUUUUAAGAGAAGAAGUGGCUAAAGUGAUCAAACAGGUUGUGAUAGAGAAAAGUGGUGAGGCCGUGAAGAAGACAGAGAGAGAAUUGAGUGAUGAAAUAAGGAUGAGAGAAAAGGAGGUGGUGGAUGGGGUGGUGGAGGAGUUGGUGAAGCUUUGUAAGAAGAGGAAGAAGAAGCAAUUGAAUGGUCUGUCUGCUCUAGUUGCAUAA